CUGUGGCCGACAUAAAAAAGACCAUUCGUCGCAGUACUGUUGAAAUAACGUGCUAACUUCUACCUUACUUUGACCUGUCCUUGGUGCUGAAACGCUUCUAUCAGUGAUGUCUGAUGAGGGAAGCGUUGUCCAAGAAGCCGAGCAUGCCGGGAUAUCCCGUAUGCCCGUGUUUCCGGCCAGGCCCGUUGACAUCUCGGCUGUCCGUCCGCGGAGGUGGCGGGAACCUAACUCCGACUGGCGCACCGUGGUCCGCCCGCCCACCACACCCAGCGGGGACUCCCCGUACGUCGCACCUGAUCUCAGCGGACUGAAGAUCACAGACGACAACUCUGCCAAUGCCUUCCGCAUUGACGUCAAUCUGUUGAAACAGAAGCAGGAAGAUGUGGCACCAGAGGAGGCUUCUAACGACAUGUAUACGAUUACCAACGAGACAACAGGCACCCCACGCCACAGCAUUAGCGAUUCGUCCCUCCUAACGACUCCAGCAUCUCCAAAAGCGCCAAAGCUAAAACCACAGCUUGGAGGAAAGAGCGGCACGCGUGGUCGAGCGGCUCGGCUGAGCACCUCGUCUUCUGCCGUCCCCGUGCGGGCGACGUUCCAGUAUCCAUACGCCUACGCACCAUCAGGGAACGGGACGAUACAGUACUCACCUGCAACACCUAGAAGGGAUGACCCGCCGCGUCCUCCAUCAAGACGGGGUCGCGAUACAGCCGACAAUAAGUUUUCAUUCGGAGGUUUUAGGCAGCAAAACGGUUUCGUAUAUGUAGACCACGAUGACAAUGUCGUACAUCCUCCGCCUUCUGCCGCCAAGCCAAGGUUCCGGCGUCCCCGCACGAUGUACAAAGUUGCCGCCUGUCAGGAUAUGUCCGUCUACGUCAAGAUCGCGACAGAGGGGCGCGAGUCGUCAACACCUAGCGCUGCUCCAGAAACAAGAAAAGAGCUCUUAGCUUCUGAUACGCCUCCGGGUUAUGCAGAAGUACUUAAAAUUGAGCAUGCAGAGCCCCACGGCAAGGAUGCGAAAGAGAACACUCCAGGAUACAUCCUAUUUGAGUCGGAAAGCGGGCCAACGUCUGAAACUGGGGAAGAGAUUGAAAAUCAGGCUACAAGCGUGCAAACUGUGUCAGAAGGAAAUGGCAACAGUGAGGCAAAUCGUAAUAACUACUGGUGGGAGGAAAAGCCAUACAGUCAUGUGGCCGGGUUUGAUCCGGACGAGUACAUCCUUGAUUUGUUUGACCAGGGAAGGAUCACUGCUACUCAGAGGCGUCAGGCCUACAGUAGUGGUGUGGAGUUUCCAGAUUCUGCCUACCACAUCGAGCAGAUGUUCGGACUGCAUGGAGAGGAGAACGCCCUCUUCGUGGACGACAACGUUAACACUCCGGUUCAUACAGUCAGGCAGUAUUCGUUCGACGAUCAUGCUAUGGACUUACUCGUAGGCGCUGGAAAUACCCAUCAAACUGUUGAUGAUAUUAUCUACUCCUACGAGCACGGUGGUUUGGGGAAUGGAGGAACGGGGAACCGCCAUGUCGAGAAUGACGAGAGAGCUUGGUCCAAGCUUUUGGGCGACUUGACUGAAGUGGAGGGACUCCUGGAGUCAAGCGAGCCUGUCGCGACGAACGUUGUGGGUCGACAGAGCGGAAGGAAGAAGCAAAAGAAACAGAAAGGCAAGAAGAAAGGAUCCAACAAGAAAAGACUGAAUGGUGUACCGGAGAGAAGAAAAUCAACAACGAAAAGCCCGAACCCAUCUUUCAAGGAGAUUGAUUCAAGGGAGGUUUAUGUGUCUCCAGAGUUGAACGAGUUGAAGCUAGCGCCGCCUGGCGAGACCCAGCUUACCGCCAUGUACUCGGAGACGCCAGAGGAACGGCGCUACAGGGAGGUCCGAGACGUCAACAGGUACGUUACCAUGAUGGACAACAGAAAAUCCAUCCUCGACCAGUUUGGACCGGAUCCCACCGGUAAAAAGAAGUGUAAGAAGCCUCGCCCGGUCUCGCGGCCACAUGACCCCCUCAGCUCACAGUUGGACGGUACAGAAGGUAUGUACGAUGCUGACGACACUUUGGGAGGAGGGACCCACAUGACGGAAAACACCCAGAACGCCAUCGCGUUCCUGUACGGGGACAAGGAAGUGUUCGAGAGGCGUCCUUCCGGAUACUUCGCAAAAGCAGCAGCUGACUCAGCCGUCUGUCAGUCUCCGGUAUCCAUGGCAACGGACGAUAUUGAUGCUGACUUUGGAGGACCCGGGUAUGAUCCAGGUGAAGACUGGACAACCCUGGGUUGAGAGAAUGUGGGUCAAGUUGUACCCACGCUGUGAUCAUCACGUGACAUUUCAUUGUAAUGCGCUACUCAAGUCAAGAUAUACGUUUUAUGUAUCUUUAUCACCGAUACCUUUAGCUUGCUAUGAGAACCUCCGUAACUUGACGUUGGUUCAGAGGUAACGUAGCAUGCCAAAUUGUAACAGAACACGUCUAAGUCAUCAUUGGGGCCCAUAUAUACUGUACAUUGUUUAGAGGUUACAGGCACAUGUACCUUGUAUAUUUAACUACAACAUGUACGAUGUAGAUAAAUAAAAAUUGACAAUUGUCAGCGCUAAUUUAUUCCCUUCUUAAAUCGUACCAUAUUGUAUACGUUACACUGUGCAGUGCUGAUUACAUUUAGGCCAGGCAAAUUUACUAAAACCUAGAUUGCAGGAAAACCACUCAGUAUCAUUUUCUUGCACAUUAUCAUUUCUUCCAACGAAUUAUUGGACUUACACGUGCUAAUUACUAUCACAUAGCAUUAUACAUCCACAUCCACUGUAUCCAUUUGC